UAGGACGAAUUAUAUAACUGGCGGCCGGAGCUUGAGUGCAGCGAAAAAUCAGGCGGGCAUGGAGGGGAGGAGCGACGCCGCCGCGAUGUCGUCGGAGCCGGUGAGGCUCAUCGGCUGCUUCGGCAGCCCGGUGGUCCACCGCGCCGAGCUGGCCCUGCGCCUCAAGGGCGUCCCCUACCAGCUCAUCGAGGAGGACCUCAACAACAAGAGCGAGCUGCUGCUCACGCACAACCCCGUCCACAAGACCGUCCCCGUGCUCCUCCACGGCGACCUCUCCAUCCCGGAGUCGCUCGUCAUCGUCGAGUACGUCGACGAGGCCUUCCCCGGCGGCCCGCUGCUCCUCCCCAGCGACCCCCUCGCCCGCGCCAACGCCCGCUUCUGGGCAACAUUCCUCGAAGAGGAGUUCAAGAAGCCUUUGUGGAUUGCGCUGUGGACGGACGGCGAGGCGCAGGCAGCGGCGGCGAGGGAGACAAAGGCGAACCUGACGCUGCUGGAGGCGCAGCUGCCGGAGGGGAAGAGGUUCUUCGGCGGCGACGCCAUCGGUUUCCUCGACAUCGCCGUCGGCGGGGCGCUCGCGCACUGGAUGGGGGUGGUCGAGGAGAUGGCCGGCGUGCGGCUGCUGACCGAAGAGGACCACCCGACGCUGUGCCGGUGGGCGAGGGCGUACAGGGCGGACGAGGCCGUGCGGCAGUGCCUCCCGGAUAGGGACCGCGUGCUCGGCGCCUUGGCGGCGAGGAAGGACCUCUACGUCUCCAUUGCCAAGGCCAUGGCUGCACAGAAGUAGCACAUUUCACGACGAAGAAGGGGAUGCAAAGUCAAUGCUUCGGCCGUUGUGGAAAGUGGAUCCGAUGGAAAAAAAAAGAGCAAUUUGUCGCCCUGUCUUCGGCCGUUGUGGGGUAUAUAUACUGGCCACUUGGAGCCAACUUUGCUUGAUUUGUGAGCAAUGAGGCCAUGCUAGAGUUAGCCAUGGUUGUUAACCAGCAUAAUCUAAUUGCAUCGGUGUACUUAACCCGAACAUAUAUUAUCGGGCCUGUAUCAAUCAACAUGUACCCCGGUUUUAGAUGGUGGGGCGUGAGGGCAUUCUUCA